UCUGUUCAGAAAUCCAGAUAACAAGAAGUAUUUGUCCACACAGUUUUGGCCAGGACAUCAGAGGCAUCAGAACAGGUGAAUAAAAAAGAUGCUAAUGUUUGACCCAGUCCCUAUCAAGCAAGAAGCCAUGGAGCCUGUUUCAGCGUCAUACCCGUCCAAUUACAUGGACCAAAUGAAGCCAAACAAGUACAGCGUCAUUUAUUCUACACCGGGUAUGUUGCACAAUAAAUUCUACUCAAGCCCCGAAGGACUAUCAAAUGGAAUCCAGAUGGAGCCAGUAGAUCUUACGGUGAACAAACGGAGCUCACCACCUUCAACUGGAAGUUCUCCUUCCCCUCUAAAAUUCCAGACUGUGCAUAGGAGAACUUCACCUGGAUUGACUCUGUCCUCACCCAGCUCACCUCUCAGUAAAUUCACACCGUCACCCCCAGGAGUACAGCCUAUUUCCAUGCCAAUAACAAUCCCACCUGUAAUGGCCGCUGCUCUUUCACGCCAUGGACUGAGAAGCCCUGGAAUACUCCCGGUUAUACAGCCUGUUGUGGUCCAGCCAGUUCCUUUUAUGUAUGCUCCCCAUCUUCAGCAGCCCAUCAUGGUGUCAACAGUUCUUGCAGAUGAGAUGGAAACUCCAAGUAGUAUGCCAGUGCCUGUCAUUGAGUCUUAUGAGAAGCCCACACUGAAGAAGACAAUCAAAGUAGAGCCAGGAAGUGAACCGCAGAAGACUGACUUCUAUCCUGAACAAAUGUCACCUCCAAUGAUGACCUCAUUGUCUCCCCAGCAAGUAAUGUUGCAAGAGAAUCACCCUUCAGUUAUAGUUCAGCCAGGAAAGAGACCGUUACCUGUGGAAUCUCCAGACACACAAAGAAAACGCAGAAUACAUCGGUGUGAUUAUGAAGGCUGCAACAAAGUCUACACUAAAAGCUCCCAUCUGAAAGCUCACAGAAGAACUCAUACAGGUGAAAAACCGUACAAGUGCACUUGGGAGGGAUGCACGUGGAAGUUUGCCCGUUCUGAUGAACUAACGCGGCAUUUCCGCAAGCAUACCGGCAUCAAACCUUUUCAGUGCCCAGACUGUGACCGUAGCUUUUCACGUUCGGACCACCUUGCUCUCCACAGAAAACGCCACAUGCUAGUCUGAAUGUCUUCUGCCCCUGACUCCUGACACACUUCUUUUUUUUACACAUGCAUUUUAAUUUGGAUUCAGCUGGUCUGAAUCUCUGAAUUUAUACCAUUAAAAGCUUACCUAUGGUCAGUAACAGAUGUUAUCUAACCCUUCUAUGUCCUUGCCACGGGUCAGACCUAAAGAAUGUGAACACUUCUUGUUUUCUUUCUCCUGGGGAUGCUAAGCAUACCCUUUCUGCAGACAGUAUGUUUAAUGUAUUCCGUUGUGAAUAAGGGAAUUUUGUAAACUAACAGCUUUUGUUGGUUUCUUCAUAUAAUCAACCUAGCAUAUACUGAUAAAGUAGUAAAUGUUAUUGAAUAUCCAAAA